CGCAUUUCACGAUUCACUGAACUGACUCAGUGACCAGUGUAAUGAGAUUUCAUUAAGAAUACAGCGAUGCUGCAGCCAGGGAGAGGCAGCCUGACAUUUUUUGAAGAUGUGUCCUUCCCCCUCACCUACUGAGAAGCACUCAUGUGGUUGAUCUCACGCAAGGUCAGAACAAAGCUGACAGAUCCCACUCCUUCAGAGGAAUUGGGGGCAAAAUUCAGCUCAUUUUGAUGUUACUGGAACUAAAGGAGGUCCACAGAACAACAAACAAGAUGAUGAGGGGUGAAGAAGCUGUCUCAGGAGAUGUGAUUUGAGAGAAGAAAGCUGGAAAAGGAGGACAGAAUGAAGAUUUGCAAAAUGAAGAAGGCCCUAGGGAUGGCCGGCAGCAGCCAGGACCGGAGCCUGCGGGAGGAGCUGACAUGUGCCAUCUGCUGCGAGCUCUUCAGCCAGCCCGUCAUGCUGGACUGCAUGCACCACUUCUGCAAGAGCUGCAUCCAGCAGUACUGGGACAGCUGUGCUCACGUCCCCUCCUGCCCCCAGUGCCGCCGCAAGUUCCCCAACCGCGCUUUCCGCACUAACUACCUGCUCUCGGGGCUGSUGGAGAAGGUGCGGCGCUGCGGCUCCGGGGAGCACCAGCAGAAGAUGCAGAAGCACCUGGAAGAUGCUUUGCAAGCUCGUCAGAAGGAGAUGGAGAGCUUGCAGCAGAGGAAGCGCGCGGCGCAGGAGGACAUCUGCAGCCUGACGAAGGUGUCUGGGGAGCUGAACUUCAAGAUUCGGGCUGAGUUUGCUCGCCUUCAUCAGAUCCUGGAGGAAGAGGAGAGAGCUGUGCUGGCAGAGCUGGCUGAGAAGGAGGAGCAGGCACUGGCACAGCUGCACAGACAUGUUGGCCAGCUGGAGGAGGGGAUGGCAGUGCUGCACAGGGACAUGGAGCACGUCAGGCAGGCCCUGAGCAAGAUGGAAGAUGUGUCACUGCUGGAGGUGGAGAGCCUGGAUAUCAGGCCCUCGGUGCGUGUGGAGACCCGGCCUGCCCUGGACCUGCAGCUCUACAGGGACAGCCACAGUGGYCCCUUGCAGUACAUCUUCUGGAGGCAGAUGCUGCGCUCCAUCUGCCCCGCUCCUGCCCCACUCACCUUUGACCCUGAGUCAGCCCACCCCAACCUGGUCUUCUCCAGAGACCUGACAGCAGUGACAGAGACGAAUCGAGCCCAGCCCGUCCCCAUCAGYCCUCGGCGCUUCCGUCAGUGCGUCAACGUGCUGGGCUCGCAGGCCUUCGACAGCGGCCGGCACUACUGGGAGGUCUGGGUGGGCAGCAAAACCAAGUGGGACCUGGGGGUGGCUGCUGAGAGCGUGGACCGGGCAGCCAAGGUCAAGCUGUGCCCAGAGAACGGCUACUGGACACUUCGCCUGCGGAACAGGACCGAGUACUGGGCCACCACCACCCCCUGGGUGCGCCUGACUCCCCGCCAGCCCCCGCGCAAAGUGGGCAUCUUCCUGGACUGCCAGGAGGGCACUGUCACCUUCUUUGAUGCUGGGGACAUGUCCCACCUCUUCACCUUCCACCAGGUCUGUGCAGAGAGRUACUGCCCCUUCUUCAGCACCUGCUUCAGCGACGGGAGGGACAAUGUGGAGCCCAUGCGCCUCUGUCACCUGGCCCUGUGAGGGCUGAGGGUUCGCUGGGGACACCCCUGGCUCCUGCCUGGGGCUCUGCUGCAGGCUGGUUCUGCACACAAAGACCCGAUGGGUGUUGGAGGAGCUGUUUUGGUUUCAGUUUUGGGAGGAASGAGUGGCUC